AUGGUCAGCUCCGAGCCCGGCGGCUGCCCGGCGUUCCCCACUCUCCAGACACUGCUGUCAGCCAGACCGACGCUCUGCGCCACCGAUGGACCGUACAUCGUCUUCUGCUGUCCGCACGCAGCAACGGAAAGCCAGGAACACACAAAGCAAAAGCCAAAAGUGGGCAAAACUACGCUGGAGCCAACGACAACGAAACCCGAUGAAAGUGAAAAAGAAACGUCAACCAAAAAGUCAACUGAAGAACGAGAAAAGACGACCAAGAAGCCCGAAGUAACAACAGCAAAGCCAGAACCAAAGACCACAACGCUGGCACCGACAACCCGUGAGCCCGAGCGGACAACAACGACAGAGUCGACUCCAGCCACCAAGAAGACACCGCCGCCGCCGCCGCCGCCGCCGCCGCCGACGACGACGUCCUCCCCUCCUCGCCGACCAUCGUUCAACUCAUCUCCAUUCCUCCUGGCCGGCGGUCUAUUCGUGACGCCUCCGAAGCACCUGGAGGCACCCACGGAGGCGCCGCUGGUCGACCUCCCGCCGGUGCCGGCUCUCUCGGCGCUACCGGCGGCUCGGCUGGCAGGUGCCGAGGAGUGCGGACGGCCGUCAGCUCCCUGGGUGGCACUGGUGGGCAGCCGGCGUCACUGGCUGUGUGCCGGCGCGCUGCUCGGGCCGCGUCUGAUACUGACUGCGGCGCGGUGUGUGGAAGGUCGGACGCCAGAAGACCUGGUGGUGCGUCUCGGCGAGGGUGGCGAGACGGUGAUGAGUGGGGUGCUACGCGCUGUGAUCCACCCGCUCCACAGCGGAGGGCGGCAUGAUCUGGCUCUGCUGCUGCUCGCUGGAGGACCAUCAGAAGGAGGGGUCUGUCUAUCCUCCGGCCGGCCCGCCGCCGAGCUGCGUACCCUCGGCCGCGGCGUCAGCCCGUUCGGCACCUCCGGUCCGGUGGGACCACUCCAGAGUACCACCAUGUCCGAGGUACGCGGCUCCGACUGCGACGCCGCCUACCGCGUACUCCCCACCUACCGGCGAGAGUUCCCGCUCGGUAUCAGCGGCACAGAGGUGUGCGUGGCGGCCGCCGGACCGGACACAGUCGAGAGGCGCUGUCCUCAGGACCGCGGCGGGCCUCUGGUCACCACCGGCCGGGGUGGCCGCCUUCAGCUGGUGGGUCUGAUGAGAGAGGCGGCCGGGUGCGGCACUACCGUCUUUCCCAACGUGUACACGCGGCUGAGCGAGUACAGCACCUGGAUUGGGCGCACAGCUGCCGAACUGGCGGCCUGA